GAAUGAGAGCCGUUCUCUCCGAAUGGCCAAUGAUAUUUGUUUUGACUCGGCUUUCAAGCAUUUCGUGAAAUCAACAAAUUAAUUGAUAACAAAUAGAUUCAAUAUAUAUAGAUUAUAAACCACACGAUGCAUCCCGGUCAAAUUGAGGUCAAUGAGAUCACUGGCUAUUGGACCUAUCUGCUCAGCAUCGAUUGGAAGGAUCCUUGGCUUAUUGGCCUGAUUUUGGUGCACAUCCUGACAACCACAACUGCUCUUCUCAGUCGGAACAACACUAAUUUCCAGGUUUUCCUUUUUCUAGUACUGUUAAUGGCAGUCUAUUUCACUGAAAGCAUUAAUGAGUUCGCGGCGCAGAACUGGAGUUCCUUCUCCAAGCAACAAUACUUUGAUAGCAACGGUCUUUUUAUCUCGACAGUUUUUUCAAUUCCCAUUUUGCUGAACUGUAUGCUGUUGAUUGGCACUUGGCUUUACAACUCCACUCAACUUAUGGUGACCUUAAAAACAGCGCAAUUGAAGGAGCGAGUUAGAAAAGAACGCCAAAAUAAGGCGAAUUGUGAAUCAACAGUAGAGCACAGAAAGGCGGAUUAGAAUUUUAGAUAGACCUUAGGCAGUAUAAAACUUAGCGGAGCUGUGAAAAUUUUACUUUCGGGUUAGCAAAAUCAAAGAUAUUGCAUUGUUUACUUCACAAAUAGUGUUUGCUGCCAUUUAGUAUUAGUUUUCUGCAGAGCUUACGGCUUACUUAAAAGUAAAAUUAAUGUCAAUAAAUAUAUAACUAAUUGUUUAAAUUUCCAAUGUUAAAUAUUUAGAACUUGUAAAGCCAAUGUGGUGUGAUGUAUAUAAAAAAAUGUUCUAAAAAUGUA